GGUGAAGUCCCUACGGAGAAGGCUGGCGAACAAGGGGGGCGCUACCUCCACGCAAGAGCUUCUCGAGGGACUCAGGGACCUAGCGGGUGGUAACGCGGAGGACGGUGAAGAUGAGGAGCUCCUCAUGGAACCGAUCCUCUAGCGGGUCCACAAAUCGAAAUUGCCCAGGUAAACCUGCAUCACGUGGCGUCGGCCCCGGCCGUCAUCGCGAGCAGGUUUACAGCGGAUGGUCUGGGCAUUGUACUGAUCCAGGAGCCAUGGAUCUACAAAGGAGAGGUCAGAGGCCUCAAAAUGAGUUCCUAACACAAGACCUGGUCGCUGUGCAGGCAAAAAGUAACGAUGGAGCGGACUUCGUCCUGGCAGCUGCCUACUUUCCUGGAAACACGCUGACAGCACCCCCAGAGGCCGUCGGGAACCUCGUGGAUUACUGCAGGAGGAACACCUGCCCUCGUCAUGGGAUGUGACGCCAACGCCCAUCAUACUGAAUGGGCAGCACAGACUGCAAUACACGGG